AUGGAAUAUAGAGAUAAAGAAGAUCAAGGUGAAUAAAGAACAGUAAAUGAAGACAGUCGAAAACAAAAAAAAUUGAUUAAAAGAAAAGCACAUUUGAGAGUUUGGUUAUUGAACAAAUAAGAUUAUUAAAAACAAUUAAUAGAUUAUAUUCUUAUAAUUGGUAAAACAGAUAGAAAAGCAAGGUAAAAAAUCAAAGCAAAACCUUCUUUAUUAAAAGUUAUCAGCAAAAAAAAUAUAGUUAAGCUACCAAUCAAUCAGAGGGAAUACUUAGACUUUACUGAUAGAUAAAUCAAAUAGCAAGCAUAUUCGUAGAUUAAUUUAUAGAGCUACUUUAAAAAAACAAAUAGACAACACCAUAGUUUUAACUUAAAUAAAAUAGUAGCUAAUUUCUCGAUCAAGUUCAUAAAUACCUGCUUUAUUUUCAAAGGACAAGCAAAUAAAAAACUCAUUUUUAUAUUUUUAAUAACAUUCUAUUAAGUUCAGUAAUCGCUCUGGCUCUUAGGGCGACAGAAUAUUCCUGAUUUAUAAUUUUGA